CCCUCUGAGUCAGCCUUUUUGUCAUAAUCGGAGUCAGCUUCUCUAUUCCCCACAGAACACAAACCCCCUUUUUCCUUGUUGAAUUUCUUGCGGUCAUCCCAUUAAGCCAUUAACUCUCUCUCUCUCUCUCUCUCUCUGUGUGUGUGUGUGUGUGUGGAAGCUCCAAAGCAGAAGCAAAAACAAUGGAGGGUCUCCCUCCUGGUUACCGUCCCAACGUUGGCAUUUGCCUCAUCAACUCUGAUAGUCAAAUUUUCGUGGCUUCAAGAUUGAAUGUUCCGGGAGCAUGGCAGAUGCCUCAGGGGGGUAUUGAAGAUGGUGAAGAUCCCAAAUCUGCAGCCAUUAGAGAACUGCGAGAAGAAACUGGAAUUGUGUCUGCUGAAAUUCUUGCCGAGGUUCCGAAUUGGUUGACUUAUGACUUCCCUCCUGCUGUGAAGACCAAAGUCAACCGUCUCUGGGGAGGGGAAUGGCAUGGGCAGGCACAAAAGUGGUUCCUUAUGAGAUUAACAAAAGAUGAGAGUGAGAUCAACCUAGCCACUGGCGAAGCAGAACCAGAAUUUGCUGAGUGGAAAUGGGCAAGCCCAGAAGAUGUUAUUGAGCAGGCGGUGGACUAUAAAAGGCCAACGUACGAGGAAGUUAUGAGAACCUUCAAGCCUUACUUCAAUGGAAAUGCAAUCUCCACAAAAUGUAAAUCGUCUAAAUGGUGAAAAUGCUGUGGGUUUGGACCUUGUGUGAGUUCUGUUCUUCUGUAGUUGUGUCCAUGAUUUACUAAAUUGCCCAAAAAAUUUGAAAUUAGUAGAGGUUUGCUCUUUGUAUAUGGAAAUGAAAUGAAAUGGUUGCUUUGUUGUAAUAAUAAAAUCUGUCCAAAUUUUUAAUUUUA